GACACACUUCGUGCGUAUUUGCAAUUAAAUAUAAAAUCGAGUACGCGGCAAGUGACUGUCCAUGUCGCGGCUGCGGUAUCAAACAAGCGCGAUAAUUAGUUCGAGGCUGCCAACGCGUCGCAAUUAUUGCCGGCUUUUAAACAGCAGGGAAUUGUCGCGGCCGGACUGGAUAUGCAGACGCCUUGUGAAAUACCUGUUGUACGUUCGACGUGUGCAAAUGUAUGUACAUUCCGCGAUAUCCGCACAUGCCGCAUAAUCGCGGUAUCUCACAGCGAAGCGCAAUUGUCGCAUCGUUGCAUCGUUGCUCGGUGAUGCAUCUAGUGUUAAAUUUCGCGCAAUUACGCUUUACGACAUGUGCAUACGAAAUAUGAAAACAACAGCGUAUUGGACAUCGCUAUCGUUUCUCACGAUGAAAUAAAAAUUUACUUUGAAUUUUCCUGAAAUUUUCGCAAAAAUACGAUUUGCGUUUUGCACCGAGAAACGGAAGUUAAUGAUAUUAAGAAAAAAUGGACUACAAUUUCGCUUCGAUAUUAAGCCAUCAAGAAAGUCUCGGCGACGCUAUGGGUGGCGAUGCUGGCGUUAAGGCACUUCAGGAACUUCGUGAUAAAUACGAAGGGAAACUGACGGCGUCUCUUUACACGGGGACACUUUGCGUCGCCGCAAUUGCUUCACUAGUCGCUCUAGGUGCUCUAUGCUUCACCAAUUAUCCUAAGCUGUUCCACGUGAUCGAUCUUGUAUCAACAUUGACGACUAUGUUCAUCGUAUCCUUGACACUUUUAGUGAUCACGCAAUUAUCCUCGACUAUGACCUCCAAACGAUCCAGGAUUUUAAUAGGCUUAACAUCCUCCAUCAUACUUGGUCUAGGAAUUCUAAUAUUAAGCGGAGUCCUGCCCUUGUUUGCCUGCAUCCUGUCAAUAAUCGCCAUUCUGCCUAAAAUGAGGUGGCAAAUACCACUUAACAUCGGCUGUAUCCUGGCUCUCGCGCAUAUUUUGAGAAGAUUUAGAUUUGAGGAUCUCUCGAACUAUUAUAAUGUAAUUCAGAUUGUUGUGGAGAUCGUGUUUCUCCUGGCUGCUAUCCUCGCAGGUAUGUACUAUAGGAUUUUGACGACGACAGCCCAUAGAAAAACUUUCUCAGGCACGAAGACGGUGAUCGAGUCGCGAAUCAAGUUAGAAUGCGAGAGAGAGCAACAGGAGCAAUUAUUGCUGAGCGUUAUUCCCGCCUACAUCGCGGCAGAGGUAAAAAGAAGUAUAAUGCUGAAAAUGGCGGAUGCUUGUCAGGAAGCUAAUAAGCAUAAGCAAACCACGUUCCAAGAGAUGUAUGUACAGCGACAUAAUAACGUUAGUAUUCUCUAUGCGGAUAUCGUCAACUUUACACCUCUAUCAGAGCAGCUCUCAGCUUCCGAUCUCGUAAAGACUCUUAAUGAACUCUUUGGCAGGUUUGAUCAAAUAGCACAGGACAAUCAGUGCAUGAGAAUCAAGAUUUUGGGCGAUUGUUACUAUUGUGUCUCCGGGCUUCCGGUGUCCCGUCCAAAUCAUGCUUACAAUUGCGUGAACAUGGGGCUGCAAAUGAUUGAUGCUAUCAGGUUUGUACGCGAGGCCACCGGCUUCAACGUCGACAUGAGGAUAGGGAUUCACACGGGGAACGUACUAUGCGGAGUUCUAGGACUGCGGAAAUGGCAAUUCGACGUGUGGAGUGACGACGUGACGCUGGCAAAUCACAUGGAGAGCGGCGGUCUACCUGGGAGAGUUCAUAUAACGAAAGCUACUCUAUUACAACUGGGCGAUCGAUUUGAGGUCGAGCCAGGCAAUGGAGGAUCUCGGGAAAGUUAUCUCUCUCAGCACAAAAUAGAAACUUUUCUUAUCGUGCCACCCAAGAAAAAUCGAGAGGAAAAUGGAAUGGAAAAUGGUGGAAAUCGCAUACACGGAUCUGGACCAAUACCUUCCAGAUCGAGACCUAGUAGCAAAAUGACAAAAUAUGUGGAAUGUUGGGGUGCGGACAAACCUUUCGCCAAUAUAGCGGAAGCAACGUUAGCGAAAAAUAUUGGUCUAACAAGUAUCGCAAUGAUCGAAUCGAAUUUAUUGGCGAACAAUGCUAGCUGCUUUGACACGCAACAAUGGUGCGGUGGAAGCGAGGGGAUUUCGCCUUUUACUUAUUGGUUUAAAGACAAAAAUCAGGAGCAGCUUUAUCGAGAACAGAGGGAUGUGCAAUAUCCUUGGUACGUCGUGGCUUCCAACGUGGUUUACAUGAUCAUGUUCUGCAUCCAGAUUAUUUAUCUACCAAGAAGCAUCGCGGUUUAUGGUUGCUUUGCAGCUGGUUUAGCAUCUCUAAUUAUAUUUGCCGCAAUUUCGUGGUUCAGCGGAAAAAUCGACACUAGCAAUGGCGAAGAAACAAGUCGAAUCGCACUUAGCCGUGGUAUCAGAAUAACGGUGUACUUAAUAACGGCUCUACUAGCUAUCGCGUCAUCAGUCAUUAGUCUGAUCGAAGUCGAUCAGUCUGCUAAAAAUAUCGUGCCACUGUACGUGUAUUCCUCGGCAAUAGCGUUGGUGAUUGGUUGGACCCACUUGAGAGUUGGUUUCUUGUUGAAGCUGAAUGUAAUGCUUCUAUCCAUUGUCAUAAUACUCGUAAUCUUCUCUCAAGCACCAAUCAUCCAGCUGUAUUAUGAGAGUUUUGAUACCAAGUUUUACGGCAUUCAUUAUCUAAUGCAAGUAGGAUAUCUACUGGCGCUCAUCAGCCUCAUACUUCACAUUCUCGAUCGGCAAGUGGAAUACACAUCCAGAACAGAUAUCUUGUGGAAGAGUAAGCUGAGAGUCGAGCAGGAUGAGGUGGAAACCAUGAGGGGCAUUAAUAAGAUUCUCCUGGAGAACAUACUGCCGGCUCACGUAGCCGAUCAUUUUUUAGCCACGAGGGCUACUCAAGAGCUCUAUCAUGAGAGAUACAGCAGUAUUGCUGUAAUGUUCGCGUCGAUUCCAAAUUAUAAGGAAUUUUACGACGAGACCGACAUAAACAAGCAAGGCCUUGAAUGUCUGCGUUUACUCAAUGAGAUCAUCUGCGAUUUCGACAAACUCUUACUCAAACCGAAAUUCUCAGGGAUCGAAAAGAUCAAGACGAUAGGUAGUACUUACAUGCUGGCGUCUGGCCUAAGUCCGGGAAAGGAGGACAGUGAUAGCAAGGACUUACUAAAGCAACAAGAUCACAACGUAAUCGUUCUCGUCGAGUUUGCCAUUGCGCUUAUGACGAUCCUGGAUCAGAUCAAUAGAGAUUCUUUCCAGAGAUUCAAAUUGAGGAUGGGCUUAAAUCACGGCCCGGUGAUAGCGGGCGUCGUGGGUGCUCAGAAGCCGCAGUACGAUAUUUGGGGAAACACAGUAAAUGUGGCUUCGAGAAUGGACAGUUGCGGUGAGAUGGAUAAGCUUCAAGUCACCGAGGACACUGCCAAGAUCCUCAUCGAUGCCGGAUACGAACUCAUUUGCCGAGGACCGACGUACGUGAAGGGCAAGGGAACUCUUAUUACGUACUUCGUGAAAACGCCCUUCGAUGACAAAGAGAAAAAUUAUUAAAGUGAAUCACAUAAAUUGUUGAAACGUUCAAAUCAAAUUUAAUUGCUCGCGAGAACGAGCAAGAUUUUUUCCAUGGUACUACGAUCUCCAUGAACAAAUGUCAAAAUUGCAGAAAAUAGAGUUCUGCUUAUACGGUCAAAUGAGCGUAUAAUAUAUGAAAAAGAUAUAAAAACAAACAAUUCCCAAAUUUUAACAAUCUGUCUGUUAAUAUGAAAUAUGGAUGUUAGGUUUAUUCGUUUAACUCGUAAAUAAGAUUUUAUCUCUUUGCGUGAAAAAGGGGGAAAACUAAUAUGAAAGAAGUUAUAUUUGUUAGAAAUCUACUAUAAUAAUCGGAUCAAUUGCAAUAUCCAAGAAUAUUGAUAUCGUCUCUGUUGUUUAAAAAAUGAAUAAUCGACACGAUACGAAUACGAAUAUGUAUAUUCGCGAUUCUUAUUCUCUCGAUGUUUUCUUCCUGCACUUAAUCGAACAAAGGAAGUGGCGAAAGAAUAAUUAUAUUGUGUUCUGAAAAUAGUUUUAUAUUAUUAAGAAUGAGACAUGAUCUCUCAUACACGUAUCUUGCAAGAUACUUCAUAGAAUCGUUACAAAUAAAUUUCCAGCGUCAACU